GUCUGCUCUCACUCACACCCCUUGCGGUGUUUUCCGGGAUCGUGCCUCUGCCUCUCCACUCGGGAUCCACGCAGCAGCAGCAGAUAUGGCUGAUCAUCACCGGACGGGACGGCGCUGCGUCUGAGCGAAAGUUGACCCAAAUAAUGAUCCAWUACAGGCUAACAAGGCGCUCUGUCGGCCGACGGGACACGUCGACACACCGAGCGACUCUGGGAUAAGAAAUAUCCGACUGUGGGGGAGCGGGUACUAUCGUGUUUUUAUUUUAUUUUUAUUUUUUAACACGGGGAAGUAGUUGGAGGAACUUGUCGCAGUGGCUUCAUCCCACCGGAUUACCGCACGAGAGGAACAAUAGUCUCCUACAGGAUCACCAGCAGGUCGGUGAGCUUCUGUUCAUCACGGUGGGCCUAUUUUCACCCCCACGGCGCACCUGAAACWAACCGUUUAAGACGUGGCAGGUGUUAAUUUGAACACAAAUGAUCUGAACACGGGUCGAGGGAGGAAAUCUUUGCGGCUCAAAUGAAGCGAGACCGAAAGCGCAACGCAGCUCUAAUGAUUUCUCUCAAACACAACACCAGGUUCGCCGCAGUUUGGAGUUUCUGAACCGGUCUGGGUGGCUGAGCUGAGAGUAACUUUUUUUUUUCUUCCUUCCCCUGCCUGGUUCUCCUCCUCCCGGACGUGUGCGUCAGGAAAUCACGGGGAGUGAGGGACUGACCGAAAGCUCCAAAAGGCCCCGAGAAGGCCAGUGGGCCCCGGUGGUGCAGCUGAGAAAAUGGACAGGAUGAAGAUAAUCAAGCGGAGGCUGUCCAUGACUCUACGCAGCGCUCGGCCCGUCGAUGACUCCCUGUCUGAACUGGCAGAACAGAUCGCUUUGGAUGAGCCAUCCACUGCAAGGGACAACGGUAUUGUCCAUGAAAAUGUGAAAAUGGGUUCAGAUGGGGAAAGUGAUCAAGCUUCUGGUACGUCUUCUGAUGAGGUCCAGAGUCCCGUGAGGGUCCGCAUGAGGAACAACCACCAUCGACGCAUAUCUAACGAGGACAUAAACAAACGUUUGUCUCUCCCAGCUGACAUCAGACUACCGGAGGGCUACUUGGAAAAGUUUGCCAUGAACAGCCCGCCCUUUGACAAACCCAUGAGCCGCCGGCUUCGUCGUGCAUCACUGUCUGAAAUUGGCUUUGGGAAACUUGAGACCUACAUCAAACUGGACAAACUAGGCGAGGGAACCUAUGCCACAGUGUUUAAAGGCCGAAGCAAGUUAACAGACAAUUUAGUAGCUCUGAAGGAGAUACGCCUGGAGCAUGAGGAGGGUGCACCCUGCACAGCCAUCCGAGAAGUGUCUCUACUGAAAGACUUGAAACAUGCAAACAUCGUCACUCUCCAUGACAUCAUCCACACUGACAAGUGCCUGACUCUUGUGUUUGAAUACCUGGAAAAAGACCUCAAGCAAUACAUGGAUGACUGUGGAAGCAUCAUGAGUGUCCACAAUGUCAAGAUUUUCCUGUUCCAGCUUUUAAGAGGACUAGCCUACUGCCACAGAAGGAAGGUUCUCCACAGAGACCUAAAACCCCAGAACUUGCUCAUCAAUGAGAAAGGAGAGCUCAAACUGGCAGAUUUUGGUUUAGCUCGAGCCAAGUCUGUUCCUACGAAGACCUACUCAAAUGAAGUGGUGACCCUGUGGUACCGACCUCCAGAUGUGCUGCUGGGCUCCACUGAGUACUCUACGCCCAUUGAUAUGUGGGGUGUCGGCUGCAUCUUUUAUGAAAUGAUCACAGGCAGGCCUCUCUUUCCUGGAUCCACGGUAGAGGAUGAACUUCACCUCAUAUUUCGCAUCCUCGGUACUCCUACAGAAGAAACCUGGCCUGGUAUCACAACCAGCGAAGAGUUUAAGACGUACAACUUCCCCCGUUACCACGCUGAGCCGUUCGUCAACCAUGCACCCAGGAUAGACAGCGACGGUCUGAACUUACUCUUAAUGCUCUUACAGUUUGACGCAAAGAAGCGUGUAUCGGCCGAGGACGCUCUCAGACACGCAUAUUUCAAGAGUCUAGGGGAGCAGGUUCAAGCUYUGCCUGACACUGCUUCAAUCUUCUCCGUAAAAGGCAUUCAACUCCAGAGAGAUCCAGGAAAGAGAUCCUCGCUCCACCCCGAGUCCACGAUGGCCCAUAAGCUAGGCUCUGCACCCUCGCAGUACUUCCAGAGAGAAGCAGCCAAUCCCAGGGCCCAGAGUCACAAUCUGUCCUCCACUUCCACUGGCUGAGUGGGUCCUUCCGUGCUGCCCAGGGGAAGAGCAGGAGGCAGAGUAUGUUAUUUUAGUUCCGGUGGGCCGACGGCACGAGGASAACAGCGACACCUGCAGCUGUCUUCUUAGAUUUCCCGACCGUACCACGUUAAAAAAAUAAAAAAUAAAUAAAAAAAAAUCCUGAAGGAGCGACACACACCCUGCCACAAAAAAGUCACACACUCACUGAGGAGGAAAGAAAAGAGGCGAUAAACACACACAUCUAUCCACAGAAAAUGUGACAAUGAAACCCCACAAUUUUAAGACUAAAACUCAACCCUGCGAAAUAAAAUUGGAAGGAAAAAAAAAAGGUGACGCUGGAAGAAAAGUGGGAGAAUAUUUUAUGGUUCUCCUUGCUGCUGCUACUACCACUGCUGUCCAGAAGAGGGCAGUGUGAGGAUGUGAACUUACUGUAUCAGUGAACUGGAAGAAGGCGUUCAACUCGAAUCAAAAAGAGAGACAGAGGUGGUCCCUGUCACUCUUCCUUUUAUCAGUUUUUUUUUUUUUUUCAGAUUAAUGCUGUACAUAAAUAGACUGAGCUGUAGAAGUCUGCUUGCUCUCAGCACACCUCGGCCUGAAUCCAAACCGAAAGAAUUGCACCUCCAUCCUAAACCUUCAUCCAACCUCUUGACCCUUUAUUCCAAGACUUUAAUUAUUUUUCCCUAUCGAUCGAUCUUAAUCUCUAUCUUAAACCUGCGGAAUCACUGAUGGCUCACUUGAACAUGGCGAGUGUGUGUAUAUAUUUGGAGUUUAUCAAGAUAAACGUUUGCACCUUAUUGCCCAGCAGAGGUCAGGGUGGCUGUCUUUGUGUUACCUCAUCGGUCACUCGAGCAGAGCAGGAUGAGAACGUACACGCAUGAAGGCGAAUCAAAAAAAAAAAAAAACUGUAGGAAAUGGACAGAUGUGUUGCACUACUUUAGAAUUUCAAAAUAAAACACUCUGCUGUCCUCGCGUCAGUACCAGACUUUAAAUAAACCUUCCUACGCUGUAAAGAACACUACACUUCAUGACGCUGUUGUUCAGUAUUUCGAGGUCAACGCUGAAGACGUACAGGUGUACAAGUCCUCACCUGCUUGUCCCAAGACACGCCCCCUCCCUCCUCUUUUGCCUUGACUGAGAAGUUGUCUUGAUUUGACGUUGAACCUUUUGCACCUGAUUUUACCUCUUUAACACGAUUAGAUAAAUUUUAAUAACCCUGUCAAACUCUAUAUGCUUUUUACUUUUUUUUUUAUUCUGUUUUGUUGUUGUUGUUGAAAUCUGUAUAUGAUCUUCAGUUGUCAGAGGCGAUGUUGAUUCCAGGAUGCUGUUCUCAGUCGUGACAGUCGGCGGCGACGUGUUGCACAUUCCUUGAGCUCAGGACUUUUUUGCUUGUUUCUUUCUUUUUUUUUAACGGGUGCCGUGAGGUGAUUAUCAGACGUUGUGCUCAUCCCCUCCCAGUGGAGCGAAAUCGUGGGAUGAAAUCCUCGGCGAAGCUGGAUUAAAUCGUACGUGAAGGAGAGUUUCCUCCUCAUCAAGCUGUCAGUCUUUCGGUGUCAUCCAUUCUCCUUUUACAUCCACUGUAGUGUCUCUGUUCAGUCUCUGUUUAAGCAUGUUUCUGUAUUAAACACAAGUUUGUUUUUUUUGGAAUUGGUAUGUGAAAUAGCUGCUGCAGAGAAGGGAAGAACUCCUUUUUUUUUAAAUGUGCAUGCGACGUGACRUUAUCACAUGAUUCUUAUCCCAAACAACACAUUUUGCACUUGAAGGCUGAACCAAAGCCAACACGGAGCCUGUGAAGCGGCAGUGCAGUGUGUUGGCACGGAUCAGACCACUUCCAAUCCGACUCGGCUUCAGCAGAAAAUCCGGAGCCGGUUUAAACGGACUGUGACAUACGAGAGUUCCUGAGCAUUCUGUUCACCCGUGCUGUUGGAAAUGCGCACAGGCUGCCAGAGUCUCGAGGACCAAAAGAAAGUCAGUCCUGCAAGCACACAACUGUUUCACACACCAACCUGCUGACAUGUACUGUAUCUUUGUGAGUGGGCCGGUUCGUGUUAGAUUCCCACUUCUCAGAUGGAUUCAGAAAAGAGUCGAGCGGUCACUGUGUCUCUGCCUGUGAUGAAAACCGCUUUUCCCAGAGUGUGACAGUAUGUAGCAUGUACAUAGAAUAGAAGACCCCUCACUCUGUAUAUACAACAAUGUACAGGUUUGAUACAGCUAUUCACAUUCUGUUUUUCUCCCCCGUUUUGCCUUUCUUUAAUAAAAGUCAUAGCAAUAUUUCUGUAAUCAAUAAAAAGCCAUGAAAAUA